AUGACCUCCACAGCGAAGGUCACAGACAGCAAAACCAUGGACCCUCGGAAUGGAAAAGGCCAGCGUGAGCGAUCACCAGAGCAAAGUCCCCGUGGCCCAGUCACAGAAGGUAUGACAUCCUUCAUCCUCCCCCGGAGGCCCAACCUUCCCUCUGCCCUAGGAUCAAGGAGCUUGAGUCUACAAAAGAAAGCAAACAUCAGAAACACAGCCAACACGGCUGCGGGGUUCCGGCCAGCCAGCCUGGUGGUCCUGCACAGGUCCCUGGUGCCAGCCUUCGAGAGGUUCUGCCAGGCCAACAGUGGUCCUCUGCCCCUGCUGAGCCAAAGUGAGCCAGAGAAGUGGAUGUGGCUCACCCUGGGUGCUGUCCCAGGCAUCAGGUUCCUGGAUCUUCCCCAGUUCCAGAAAUAUGAAUUUGGUGACUGCACGGGCUCUCUGAUCUCGCAGGGGGAGUACUUGGAGCAGCUGAAGGACAUGGUGAUCUUCAUCUUAGACUGCAGCUUCUCCCUGGAAAGGGCCUUGGAGAAGGUGGGGCUCCCCGGGAGAGACCCAAAAGGUCUCAGCCACGCAGGAGCAUACAAGACAACAGUGCCUGGUGCCCCUGUGGCUGGUUUCUGCUGCCCUCUGGUGGCCACAGUGAGGCCUGUUCCCAAAGACAAGCUGGAAAGGCUGCUGCAGGCCACUUGCUCCAAGGGAGGUGACCAAGGACAAUCCUUUCACAUCGGUGACCCAGAUCAAACUGUUGGGAUCAAAGCACUCUCCAGGCCUGACUACGGGGAGCCCGUGGAGUGGCGGCCAGGGGACAUCCCAGGGUUCUGGCCUUCUCCACUGACCAGUCUCGAAGCUGUCAGCAGCUGCAAGGCUCCAGUGGCUUUCACCAGCACUCCAGAAUGCACGGUAACGACCGACAGCUGUCUCAGCCCUGAGGCAACCCCAGAGGUCCACCCCGUUUCCCAAGACCCUCUGCACUGUAGCAUUGCGUCAGCUUCCACUGUUCAGAAGAUCAGAGGACUGGAGGCGACCAUCUCCAUAGACCCAGGCAACCGAGGAAUCGCCCUGCUCUGUCAGGAUGAGCAGCUGAAGGUCCCUCUGUCACUGUCCCAUGGCCAUUCGGUGCUGAUCACCAUGGGGCUCCCCACACAUUUCAAUCACGAGCCCCCAGAAGAGACGGAUGACCCGCUGGGAGCAAUGGCCCGGCACUUCCUGUGGCCUUGGAGGGUCUCCAGGGUGGUCAGCCAGAGAGCCUUGAGCUUGCACAGGAAACUUGUUGAAGACGCUGUAGAGCAAGGUGAUCUGAAGACACUGAUCCCAAUGUAUUACCAAGGUGGAUCAAUGGAAGACGCUCACGUCCUAUGCAAAGAUGGGGACCCCAAGUCACCCAGAUUUGACCACCUGGUGGCCACAGAGCGCCGGGAGGGCUGCCGAUGGUGAUACAAUGCCGGGAGGAUGAACAUCAAGCACGUGGUGGAUGCCACUGACCACCUUUUCCUCGCAGCACAGAGGAUUCCUGGAGUCUCUUCAACUGAAGAAAAAAUGUUGGACAUCCUGAUGCAGCACAGAGUCUGGAGUGGAGGCUCGGGUGUCUUGGGCAUGGAGGUGGACGGGCUCCCCUUCUACAGCGUCCACACUGAGAAUCAGAAGCUGGUGGACACCACCAAAGCACAUGAGAACUACCUGUCCCGGGCUCCCUUGCAGUUCAGUUAA